AUGAAGGCUUGGGCUGUACUUCUUCUGUUUGCUGUGGCUAAUGCCAAGCACGAACAAUACAAAGGAUGGAAGUCGUAUUAUGUCAAACCUUCCAACAGAGUACAACUGGAGGUUUUGGGUUCAGUCGUUGAGAAAUGUGGCAUCGACUUUUUAAGUAAUCCAGCUUUAGAGCGAAAUGGACUUGCGCUCGUGAAACCUGAACUACAUGAAGAGUUCAUAAAUUCUAUGGAAGAACAUGGUAUCGCUUACAAGCUCCACGCUGAAGAUGUAAAAGCACAAUUGGACAUCGACGAUAAAUUAAUUGAAACAAGACGUCGUGAAAGCAACGGAAAGGAAAACGGAAGAAUUCCUAUCGAUAACUAUCCGGAACUUGAGGAGAUCGAUGAAUAUAUUGAGUACGUUGCUGAACAAUACCCUGACCUAGUAACUAUAGUAUCUCCUGGAAACACAUUUGAAGGUCGUCCAAUAAAAUAUUUAAAAAUCUCAACGACAAACUUUGAAGAUGAAGAUAAGCCAGUCAUUGUAAUUGACGCCGGUUUCUUCGCUCGGGAUUGGAUCACUCCUCCUGUACUUUUAUAUGCACUUCACAAUCUUACUCAGUCUAAUAUGCUACAUGAUUACGAUUGGAUUCUAAUGCCCUUAGUCAACCCCGAUGGAUACAAAUACAGCUUUACAAAUGAUCGCUUCUGGAUUAAGACUCGUUCUACGAAUCAACAUUCAUUAAGUAGUGUUUGCCCAGGUGUAAAUGCCAACAGAAACUUUGACUUCUUUUGGAAUACAUUAGAUACAAGUUAUACACCUUGUUCCGAUAAAUACGCCGGUAGCACACCGUUUUCCGAGAAAGAGGUUAUCCUUAUGAGACUUAGCCUCAAUAAAUUCAUUCCUCGCAUGCUUCUAUAUAUCUCUAUGCACAGUUAUGGAAGUUUAAUCCUAUAUCCCUGGGGACAUGAUGGCUCCCUCUCUUACAACGCGUUUGCUUUACAAAGUGUAGGAUUAUCUAUUUCUAAUGAAAUUUAUGCGAAUUCUUUACCGGAAUUUCCCAAAUACAUCGUUGGGAAUUCAGCUUUAGUCACCGGAAUUAAAACAUCAGGUACUGCAAUUGACUAUGCUCAUUCUGUAAAAAUACCACUGACAUUUAAUUUAGAAUUACCAGGUAUCGGAGAAGGUACAGAAGGAUUCCACCUGCAUCCUAAGUAUAUUAAACAGGUAGCGAAAGAAACAUGGGCUGGAAUUGUAGCGGGCGCUAGAAGAGCUGAGGAGUUAUAUGGAAAGAUUAAAAAUUAA